CUAAUCCUCUUCCGUAUCCUACAGCUUGGCUCCCAUAGUUCUAUAAAGGCAGUAAUUAAUCCAUAUAUGGGCACACACAGUUAGUGCCACGCCCCAAACACCUCCUCGUUUGCGGGCCUGCUGUGUCCUGUGGUCGCCCUGCCCCACUGCCAGGAAGUUCAGGAACUCGGUCACCGCCCCGGCCCCCCCUCAUCCAUUGUUGGGCGAAAGACUGCGACAUCGAAACGCCGUUGAUCGAAACUUUUCAGGUACCUGACCACUGAGGAUCUUUUGGUCUUUCUCUUGUGAACUUUUCAGUGUGUAAGUUGAGCAGACACACUUUGUGAGGCCAUCAGCUGGGAGGAACAUUAAACUGAGUCAGCGCGGAGAGGAAAAGGGAGGAAAACUUUUUGACUCCGUAAUUCUCAUUCCUCCAUUUUGAACUUUUAAACUCCAGUUUUCUAGUGGGCAGCACUCGAAAUCCAGACACUAUGACAACCAUCAACACAGCCAACAUCAACUUUAAAUGGGAUCCAAAGAGUCUAGAGAUCCGUACACUGGCAGUAGAGAGGCUGCUGGAGCCCCUCGUCACUCAGGUCACCACUUUGGUAAACUCCAGCAACAAAGGCCCAUCCAACAAGAAGAAAGGACGCUCUAAGAAGGCCCAUGUUUUGGCAGCAUCAGUGGAGACUGCCACACAGAACUUCCUGGAGAAAGGAGAGAAGAUCGCAAAGGAAAGCCAGUUUCUUAAGGACGAGUUGACUGCUGCUGUGGAAGAUGUCCGAAAGCAAGGUGACUCCAUGCGGCAGGCUUCUGGAGAGUUUGCAGAAGACCCCUGCUCGUCUGUGAAGAGGGGCAAUAUGGUUCGUGCUGCAAGAGCCCUUCUGUCGGCAGUCACACAUCUGCUGGUGUUGGCAGACAUGUCGGAUGUCUACAAACUUCUACUACAGCUCAAACUGGUGGAGGACAAUCUGAUGAAAGUGCGCAAUGCAGGAACAGAGCAGGACCUCGGGAUCCAGUAUAAAGCUUUGAAGCCAGAGGUGGACAAGCUGAAUCUCAUGGCUGCCAAGCGACAGCAGGAGCUAAAGGAUGUCCACCACAAGGACCAAAUGGCUGCCGCCCGCGGGGUUCUGCAGAGGAACAUCCCCAUGCUGUACACAGCGUCCCGUGCUUGCCUGCAGCACCCUGACGUGGCAGCCUACAAGGCCAACCGUGACCUGAUCUACAAGCAGCUGCAGCAUGCCGUCUCAGGCAUUUCUAACGCUGCCCAGGCUACUACCACUGAAGAUUCAGCACUCAGUCAGCCAGCAGGAGGUGGAGAGCUCGCCUACGCCCUCAACAAUUUUGAUAAACAAAUCAUCGUGGACCCCCUGGCGUUUAGCGAGGAGCGCUUCCGUCCAUCCCUGGAGGAGCGCCUCGAGAGCAUUAUCAGCGGUGCUGCCCUCAUGGCCGACUCAUCAUGCACACGUGAUGACCGCAGGGAGCGCAUUGUGGCCGAAUGCAACUCUGUACGCCAAGCUCUUCAGGAUCUUCUGUCCGAGUACAUGGGCAAUGCUGGAAGAAAGGACAGGAGUGAUGCUCUCAACACAGCCAUCGACAGGAUGACAAAGAAGACCAGAGACCUUCGCAGACAGCUGCGUAAAGCCGUAAUGGACCAUGUCUCUGACUCCUUCCUGGAGACCAAUGUUCCCCUCCUGGUCCUCAUUGAAGCUGCCAAGAAUGGCAAUGAGAAAGAAGUCAAGGAAUAUGCCCAGGUGUUCCGUGAACACGCCAACAAGCUGAUCGAGGUGGCCAAUCUGGCAUGCUCCAUCUCCAACAAUGAAGAGGGAGUGAAGCUGGUCCGCAUGGCAGCAUCUCAACUGGAAAGUCUAUGCCCCCAGGUGAUUAAUGCAGCGUUAGCCCUUGCUGCCAAACCCAACAGUAAGGUGGCCCAGGACAAUAUGGAUUUGUUCAAGGAGCAGUGGGAGAAGCAGGUCCGUGUCCUCACUGAUGCUGUUGAUGACAUAACAUCCAUUGACGACUUCCUUUGUGUGUCCGAGAACCACAUCCUGGAGGACGUGAAUAAGUGUGUCAUCGCUCUGCAGGAGAAGGACGUUGACGGUUUGGAUCGCACUGCGGGAGCAAUUCGAGGACGUGCUGCCAGAGUGGUCCAUGUCGUAACGUGUGAAAUGGACAAUUAUGAACCUGGAGUCUACACAGAGAAGGUCCUGGAGGCCACCAAGCUCCUCACUGACCAAGUCAUGCCACGGUUCACCGAGCAAGUGGAGUCGGCAGUGGAGGCCUUGAGUGCAAACCCCUCACUGCCAGUGGAUGAGAAUGAGUUCAUUGACGCGUCCCGUCUGGUGUAUGAUGGCAUCCGUGACAUUCGCAAGGCUGUCCUCAUGAUCAGGACUCCAGAGGAGCUGGACGACUCUGACUUUGAGACUGAAGACUUUGAUGUUCGCAGCAGGACCAGUGUGCAGACGGAGGAUGACCAGCUUAUUGCUGGCCAGAGUGCAAGGGCUAUCAUGGCUCAGUUGCCCCAGGAGCAGAGGGCAAAGAUCGCCGAACAGGUGGCUAGCUUCCAGGAAGAGAAGAGCAAGCUGGAUGCUGAAGUAUCCAAGUGGGACGACAGCGGCAACGACAUCAUUGUGUUGGCUAAGCAGAUGUGCAUGAUCAUGAUGGAGAUGACAGACUUCACCAGAGGGAAAGGGCCAUUGAAGAACACGUCUGAUGUCAUCAGCGCUGCAAAGAAAAUUGCGGAGGCAGGAUCAAGAAUGGACAAGCUGGGCCGCACCAUCGCCGACAAUUGCCCUGACUCCACAUGUAAGCAGGACCUGCUUGCCUACCUGCAGCGGAUUGCCUUGUACUGCCAUCAGCUGAACAUCUGCAGUAAAGUGAAGGCUGAGGUGCAGAACCUGGGAGGAGAGCUGGUUGUCUCUGGGUUGGACAGCGCCAUGUCCCUCAUCCAGGCUGCCAAGAACCUGAUGAACGCUGUGGUGUCCACCGUCAAGGCCUCCUACGUUGCAUCCACCAAGUACCAAAAGAACAAAAACAUGGAGGCCCUGAAUAUGCCAGCCAUCUCCUGGAAGAUGAAAGCUCCUGAGAAGAAGCCCCUGGUGAAGAGAGAGAAGCAGGACGACGGCCAAACCAACCGAGUCAAGAGAUCCUCUCACAAGAAGCAUGUGAACCCGGUGCAGGCUCUGAGCGAAUUUAAAGCCAUGGAUAGCAUCUAGACUCCCUUGUAUCUGAUUCAAGAGAACACACACACACACACACACACACACACACACACACACACACACACACACACACACACACACACACACACACACACACACACACACACACACACACACACACACACACACAUACACCACACAUCCUGACCAAUGAGUAUAAACAUAGAUAAAGCUUUUCAUUCGAUCAAAAUAGGAAGGUUUAUCACAUUUGUUCUACCUUUGCAUAGUUGGCUUUUCUGUUUGACCAAUUAUAUUCCUACACUGCCUCAUUUUUAUUCCACAAGUUCACGUUUGAUCUGGUCUGUAGCAUUAACUGGCUCUGAGCAGUUAGAGGGAAAUCAACUGGAGGAAGGCAUUUUGUUUUUUAUCUUUGUUCCUGUGUUUAUGGGAGGAAGAGGAGUGAAUAUAGUGGGUAUUAUCAGAACUAAUUCCAAGAGGCUUUUGUUUUGUAUUCUAACCAGUUUUAUAGUUCCUACUGUGGGGUCUCUGGUGUUUUCCACUAAAGUGUUUGAUAAUUGCAAGAUUACUUCUGUUCUGCAACUAUCAACUAUGCAAAAUCUCAACUGCCUUAUUUUAACCUGAGCAAUAACUGUAGAUCAAGUGGACGUGCUGGGCUAACUGGUAAUAUUUUAAAUGUGUCUGGUUUAACUUUAAGCAACCAAUGUCAAUAUAUUUCCGUGUGCCUGUACCUUUAUAACUUUAAACAUUAAUGAAAAAUCAGUUUAAACUGACUCUAAACACUAUUAUCAGAGCUGAGUGAUGAAUCAUUUGUAUACCCUUUAACAUAUUGUCUGUUAAAUGUCAUUUCUUCAUAAUUUAAGCAUCUUAACUUGUAUUUCUUUUUUAUGUUUAAUCAUUGGAGCAAUCAGAAGACGACUCCUCCCAGCCUGCUGUUUGCUGUUUACUGGGUACAUUUGUUUGAUUGAAUGAGUCACACAGAUCCACCAUGUCUAGUCAAACUUUUGAAAUAUACCCCCCAACUCUUCAGAGUAAGAGGGAUCCCAGUGGACUCAACAAUUAGUAGACCCUGUGUCCAUACUUGUGUAGCUGACAAAGCUUCAUUAAGUGACAAUGUGACCAAACACCUUCACAAACUAAGACCACAUCCAAAUUGAGGGAUCAAUAUGUUUUCUUUACACAGCUUAGACAGAGAGGAGAGGAUUUCCCUGACUUUAAACUCAUCCUGAUUGUUUAUACUCCUUGUCUUUGAGCUUGAACACUAAUAAGGACUUUACUUGUGAACAAUCUUGAUAAAAAACUAGAAACAGGUUGCUGGGUGUUAGAGCUUUAAACUUUGAAAGAGGAUGUUUUUGUACUUCAGGUAACAAUGGUGGUGAUUUAGUUGCUCUGUGCAGCAGUCAUAUGUUGUAUUACCCUGAAUAGGGGUGCAUCGGUGUACAGCAAGGCUUUGAAAUUCUGCUACUAUUGAUGUGUGUGAACUACAGUGGGAUUGGCAUGGUAUGGUUAUUUGAUAGUUUUUAUUUCACUGUAGAAUCAAGCAUUUCCAGCAUGUUCUUCAUAAAGAUUAUUUCCUCAGUUUGUCUUUUUUCCUGUAUUUGAGUUUUGAAUUUGAAUCUUGAGUGAUAUCAAACUACUUUGCUGUGGACAUUUUGUUAUUGAGAGCUGACUUAUUAGUGCACACGUUUCUUGUAUUCAUGUGCCUGCUUUAUAUCUUAAUAAACAAAUAAAAGGAA